AUGCCUCCCCCUGCCCCUUCAAUUGAACCACCAAAGAAUAAUCAUCCUAUGGUCACUAGAGCUAAAGCUGGUAUUAUCAAGGCAAAAGCUCUCUUGACCAAGGUCACCAAAGUAGAAGCUGACAAUAUUGUACCUAAGAAUGCAUCUGCAGCUCUGAAAAUCCCUUAUUGGUAUAAAGCAAUGCAAGAUGAAUAUAAAGCUUUGAUGCGAACAAUUACAUGGCCAUUGCUUAAUAUACCUAAUAGUGUUAAAGUUAUUGGAUGUAAGUGGCUAUUUUCAGUUAAAAGACUACCAAAUGGACAUAUCCAAAAGUAUAAAGCUCACCUUGUUGCUCAAGGCUUUCAUCAAUCAGAGGGAUUCAACUUUGAACAGCAACUCCUCUGCCUCACCACCACGCUCUGCAACCGAACAGAGUUUCCACAUAGUGAGGUGAGCGUGGAGUUGCAAAAAGAGUGUAACCACCCUGCACAAGAUCACAUCUUUGAGGAGAUUCGUGUGAAGUAG